AACCCUCUUUCUCUCUCUCCAACAAUGGCGCAGCAGCUUUUCUCUUCCUCUCAUCUUUGUCAUUCUUCAGUCUCAAACCGUCUUAAUAUCUCUCUCCUCAGCCGCAAUGUGCUCCUCCUCCUCCUUGUCUCUCUCCGCCUUCUCCUUGGUGUAUUCUUACCAUGGACAGGAUCUCCCUUAUUCAUAUUUCCUAACAGAAGCUCUUCUUCUUAUUCUUCUUUGCCCUCCAACUGGCGCGACUAUUCUCUCCCUCAAGCAGCCAAGUUCGUUGCUAAGGACGGGACUGUGAUCGUCUGCACAGUUAGCUAUCCCUUCUUGCCUUUCCUCAACAACUGGUUGAUUAGCGUUUCUAGACAGAAGCAUCAAGACAAAGUCAUCGUGAUCGCUGAGGAUUACGCUACUCUCUACUUGAUCAACCAGAAGUGGCCUGGCCAUGCCGUUCUCAUUCCCCCAGCGCUCGACUCUCAGACCGCAUAUAAGUUCGGCUCCCAGGGUUUCUUCAAGUUUACAUCUCGGAGGCCACAUCUCUUGCAACUUUUGGAACUAGGCUAUAAUGUGAUGUACAACGAUGUUGAUAUGGUCUGGUUGCAAGAUCCAUUUCAGUACUUAGAAGGAAGCCACGAUGCAUACUUCACCGAUGACAUGACUAGAAUAAAACCUUUGAAUCAUUCCCAUGAUUUGCCACCUCCGGAUCGAAACGGAGUGACUUACAUAUGUAGCUGCAUGAUUUUCUUGCGUCCCAAGAAUGGUGCAAAGCUUCUCAUGAAGAAAUGGAUUGAGGAACUUCAAGCUGGAUCUAAAGCAUAUGAAGGAAAUGAUCAGCCUGCUUUUAACUGGGCACUCAACAAAACAUAUCAUCAGGUAGAUCUCUUCUUGCUUUCCCAAGCAGCGUUUCCAACAGGAGGAUUGUACUUCAACAACGAGACAUGGGCUGAAGAGACAAAGGGGAAACAUGUCAUAAUCCACAACAACUACAUUAUUGGUUAUGACCAUAAGAUGAAACGCUUCCACGACUUUGGUCUAUGGCUAGUCGAUGAUCAUGCUUUUGAGUCCCCACUGGGAAAGUUAGAGUAGAAUUAUUUGUUUUUGAGUGAAAGUUAGACUAGAAUUUGAAUGUCUUGUUAUGUGUGAAUGUUAUAUGGCUGAUUCAAAAAAUGCAGAAAACAGGGGAAAAACAGAGGUAAAUAAAAGAAGAUCCAGAUAUAUGCAGUGCAGGUCGUGAGGACAUGUGAAACAUUGGGUGGAAUCCCCAACUUUUUGUGGUCUAUAGACUAUAAUUAUAUACAUGUAUAUAUUUAAAAUAAAAUAUAAAUAUAGGCAUAAAGUGAAAAUAUAAUUUAUUCUA